AUAAACAGAAAAAACUAUAAGCUAUAAAACAAGCAACAACAAAACAACCUUCUAUUUUGUUCAUCUAUAUGUAUGUACAUAAUAACAACGAGGAGUACUCAUCAAUAUUAAUAACCUCCAUUAUAAAACCAUAAAAAUAACACGAAAAAAACAACACCAGCAGCCCAUACGUAUUCAUAUAAUGAUGGCCUAGCCGGGACUAUAUUAUUUACAAUAACAAUCAUCAACAACAGCAGUAGUGGAGGUGGUUGAGGAUACUAGUGACGGUGGAGGAGAGGAGGAGGAGGGCCUGGAUAUAGGUGGUGGGGCUGGCGGCAUCAAGUGGUGGUGGUGUGGAAGGCGUGUGCGUGGCAAAAUGCGAGAACCCGGUGGUAAUGAUGAUGCAGGUGAAACAAUAACAACAGCAACUAAAAUAAUACUCGAUAGAGAUCGAGAAUCAUUAUCAUCUUUAUCAUCCCCAUUGAUGGGGUUGAUAGAUGAUAAUGAUAAUGAAACGAAAAAUGUGGUAGUAGACAAGAAUAGUUCAAGAUCAAGAUUAGUAUUUAAUUUAAAUGGUGGUAAUGUUAUAUUACGAUGGAGUGUGUUAAUUAUAACUUUAACAUAUUUCAUAUCAAUGGUGCAUGGACAACAAGCACAAUAUUCUUGUCCGGCACGUAGUGAAAUAUCACCAUGUCUGUGUACAGUGAAAAAGAAUGGUUUAGAUAUCUUAUGCGAAUUUACUGAUUCACAACAUAUCAGUAAAGCGAUGGCAGCAUUAAAAGGGAAAACAAUGGUUAUAUAUUAUUUAAAGUUACGGCAUAAUCAAUUGAAAAAAUUACAAGGUUUCAUAUUUUUGGGUUUGGAUAUACGUCAUUUAACCAUACAUAAUAGUACGUUGGCUGCUGUGGAAGAAUCAUCGUUAAGUUCAAUUGGUAAAGGACUAACACAAUUGGAUGUAUCUCAAAACUCGUUAAGCUCUGUACCAUCUGUAGCAUUUAAAAAUCUACAUCACUUGCUAAUAUUAAACAUGAAUCAUAAUCGUGUCUCAGCCAUACAUUCAAGAGCAUUCGAAGGUUUAGAUACGUUAGAAAUAUUAACAUUGUAUGAAAAUAAAUUGGUCAACAUUGAUUCAGACGCGUUUCGAGGUUUGGAAAAAAAAUUAAAACGUUUAAAUCUUGGAGGAAACGAUUUAACAAGCGUACCACAGAAAGCAUUAUCCGUUCUUGAAAAUUUGAAGAAGUUAGAAAUGCAAGAAAAUCAAAUUUCUAAAAUUGAAGAAGGUGAUUUUGAAGGUUUGAGAAAUUUGGACUCACUUGGUUUGGCUCAUAAUCAUUUGCGGGAAAUACCACCACGAGUAUUUUCUCAUCUAACAUUGUUGAAUUCGUUAGAAAUGGAAGGGAAUUCAAUUUCCGUUGUCGAUGAAGAAGCCUUCGCUGGACUUGAAGCAAAUCUACAAUAUUUACGAUUAGGUGACAACAAUUUACAUCAAAUACCAACCACAGCAUUAAGACGUUUGCAUCGUUUACGUCAUCUGGAUCUACGUUCAAAUAAUAUUACAGUUAUUGCUGAAGAUGCAUUCUCUGGUUAUGGUGAUUCUAUUACAUUUUUGAAUUUACAGAAAAAUGAUAUUAAACAGCUACCUCCACUUGGAUUUGAAAAUCUAAAUUCACUUGAGACAUUAAAUUUACAAAACAAUAAGAUUCAGCAUAUACCAGAAGAAAUUAUGGAACCAAUUGUUGACACAUUACGUGUUGUUGACAUAAUGGAUAAUCCAUUGAUUUGUGAUUGUGAAUUAGUUUGGUAUGCAGAUUGGUUAAAAAGUUUACGUGGUAAAGAUGAUGAAAUGAUGCAAAAGAAACGUAUCGUAUGUACCAUGGGUGAACAUCGUGAAUAUGAUUUACAAAAUUUACCAUUAGAUGUAAUGGGUUGUGUGAAUAAAAAUAUGGGUCGUACAUCACUAAAUGGAGGAAAUCAAAAUAAUAUACAUCUAUAUUAUUUUUCGCUACUUGUUACCUUUGGAACCGUAGCAUUGGGAAAUAAUUUUAAUUAUUAUUAUGUAUUUUAAGUAAACAGAA